AUGUCAUCUGCAAGGUAUGGGUAUUAUGUUGAAGUGCCCAUUCUCCUACAAAAAAUGGCAAAUUCUGCAUCCUCGACUCAAUGUAUAUAAUUGAUAGUUCUGUUAGUAGUAAAUUUGAUUGUAAUAUCAUUCUGUAAGACUAUAUAUUUUGUAACUUUAGCUUGUUUAUCCAGAUAGUUUAUUUAGUUACUUUACAAUUAUUAUAUUAUCUGUUAUGACUGCUGUAACCUUACCUUUCCUCUCCGCCUGCCUCGUCUAGCUUUUGCUAUUUGCGGGUGGAGAUGGCAAAAUGAUUUGCAUGAAAUAAAGUAUAGUGUACCUUUUUUAGUGUACCUUUAAGGUAUAUUGUUCAUUAAAUAUUUUUUUCUUAUUUGAUCAUUUGUUUUUCAGGAAGUUAUUGAGUUGUCAUUGCCUACUUAUGAUAUUUUCUUCCGUCGAUCCUAAUUUGUUGUUUUGAUUUCUUUAGUUGUGGUUGAGACAUUCAAUUGAAAUGCACUCUGUUGGUAUUAAUAUAGGGGAGACUUUUGAUUAAUUUUAGGGUUCGCCUAAUAGCCUCUGUUCCUGGGAGACACACUGGAGUCAAUAAAACCAAAUGGGGCCAUCUUAAACUUCGUAAGGUGAUCAUGAAUUAUUGGUAUGAAUUAAGAAGUCUAAAAUUUGGAAUUUGUUUGAGUUGUUAGCAAAUAUCACCCUUUAGCAAAGUUAGGUGCCUGUCUAAAAGAGCAUUAAAGUUUCACCCAAUGGAAUUGAACAAAUUUUGAAUUCAUCUACUGUAGCAAUACCUAAAGAAUAAGAUAAUUGUCUUUGAAACUUAGGUUCUUCACCAGCAUGGACCUAGCUCUGAUGACAUCAGCUCCAAGUGGCCUGUGAUUGGUCAGUUUUCCAGCAUAGGUUCUCUUGGGAAUGACAAGGACCGUUGGCUGUGUUCUGAAUGGUUACAAAGCUUGUCCACAUGUUCUGGUAACAUGAUGUCCAGUCCCCCUCUGCAUCUGGUUAGUAUGUUUCUCAAUCUCCAUUAUGGUUGGAAACUGAACACUGAUUUAAUUUGCAAGUAUGCAAGUUUUUUGUUCUGGAUCAGAAUAUUGUGGAAAUUUGUUUCUUCUUGAUUCAUCAUGUUUUAUUGGCAGGUUUUUCCAACAGUGGACAAUGUGAGGUGCAGUUUGGAAGGUUACCCAGGUAUAAGAUAUAACCUAAAUUGAGUGUAUCUGUUGAGGGAGAGUGGCUAAGUGGUUAGAGUGCUGGACUUGUAAACUGAUGGCCUGGAAUCAAUCCCUUCAACUUCAAUUGGAACACACUGGAUCUAUUAUUAUCAGUAUUAUUAUUGUUAGUUUAAUUAUUAUUAUUUUUUUAUCAUCAUUAUUAUCUUAAUCACCAAAAAUCUAGGGAUGCACAUGUGAGUAAAUUUAAAGUAAUUACUGCAGUUUGUAGAAGCACCAAAAGUAUCCACAGUGUUUGAGUUAUGUAUUUCUUUCUAUAUAUAUUUUCUUCUUCUAAACACAGCAUACUCUUAGUGGUUCAAGUUUCAUUUCUAAGUAUAAAUGUGUGAUCUCUGAUAGUUUUCUUUCUCUGUAGCUGGUGGCUCAAUACCAUACAGUUCCAAGACAGCUUUGAAGCAGCCUUAUCUUCCGAGUUUCUUUUGGUAAGUCACCCUUAGUUUGUUUUCAGAUUAGAUGGGUUUUCGUCAACCUUAGCUUCGUCCCAGUUCACAUGGCAUGAAAUCCACUAGUGUGGCAUUGCAAUUUUACCCUUCACCACCCAUACCCUCCCUGAAUUUGAGAAAAAUCUUCAAAACUUUAAUUAUGGAGUCUUUCAUCUAGCAGGUGGCUUUUUAUCAGUGUCCACCACUGUGUGGGGAGAUUAAUUUCAAUUGUUCUGUCAGGAAACCCAGGCAGGGAAUGUUUCUAGUCCUUUCAAUUUGGAGUAGAGCACAUCAGUCACUCCCCUCAAUCUGCUUGACAAAAUGGCUAUUUUUCUCUGUUUCUUUUUUCAAUUGGACCAUACUGGGGUGUAGGCUAAUAAUCAAAAGCCUUAGAUCUAUUAAAAUGUUACAUCCAGGAAAUCUCUGCUUUACCCAAGUAGCUAACUCUGUUGUGUUUGCUUAGCUCUUCUUACAUUCUUGACAGAUCUGAUGGAUUUUUGCUUUUCUUGCUUUUGGUUUUUUCAGCUCUUGGAAGUCUCAUUCCUGUGGUAGAAGUCGUGCCUCUCCUCACAUUAAAACAUACACCAGGGUAUCCCCAGAUUGGAGCCGAAUGAGCUGGUUUCUUGUGACAAGGUGUAAAAAACUGAGUCCUCUCUGCAAUUUAUCUUUAUUUAGUUAUGCUGCUCUAGAAAAUUUAGAAGGUGGAACUUCCACACAUCUUUAUCUUUGGGGCUGUUUAAAGUUUGUUCAAAGAUUAUUUCAGUAUAACAGCAGAAUCUUUUCAGGUUUGCCUUCGCUGUCGUCUAAGGGCAUUACUGAUAUGAUUAAAAGAAUCCAAAAAUUGUCUUUUCUCCUUUCGAAACCCCUUGGGUUUACCCUCAUGGUGUUUAUAGUCUAUCUAAUUUGGCUAGAACAAGAGCAAACUUUGGAUUUCCCCUGUCUAUCUGUGGACUAUUUCUGAUUGGCCAAAACAGAAUGUCAAGCCAGUUAUUUUGAAAAGGCAAUGUUUUGAAAAUGAAAGAUGGUUGGAGUCUUAAAAAGGAUAGAUGUUGUCUUGAAAUUUAUGCAAAGUUUUUGCAUUUUUUCUCUUCUUCAUUUACAUUUAAUUAUUUUCAGUGCAAAUUUGUCUAAAGCAGCCUGGGGAACUUUGGAAAAAAAUGGUCAACAACUUAUGAUUCGCUCGUAUGAGAUUGGAGUUUUGUUUCUACCCAAAGACCAGGUAUUUUGUUUAGUUAUAUCUCCAGCGUUUCAGUUGGACAAAUGAAAGAAAAUUCUUUCCUGUGACUGUACCCUUUUUGAUCCAGAUUCCAUCUAUGACUCAAUAGUGAACUGUCAUUUUAUCAACAGGAUCCUGAAAGCAAAUACUUUCAUGUGAAAGGAAAACAGGAAAGUAAUGAAAAGUGGUCAAGUUAUAGUGUACAGCUUCCAUUUGAUGUCCCACCUUUGCCAUACACCAAAGAUGGUAAGAUUCCUUGCUUGUACGUGUUCAGGCAAUUUAGCAUAAAGGUAUCCUCUUUUCAGUUCACAUCAUGAAUUUCCAAAUUUGUUUGAAAAUAAAAGUUCUUCCUUGUUAUUUUUUGAGUGUGAAUAAUUUGUAGCAAUUUUCUCAUUGUGAAUUAUGGUUGUGGGACUUAGGGGGGCCGGGGGGGGGGGGGGGGGCAGGGGGUUUGAGGAUUUUUCUUGUGUCACAAUAAAAUUUACCUGAUCCCCAACAAGACUCUGUAAUAUUCUUAUGAUCCCCCUCCACCCUUUAACUCCCAUGAGUGACCAAAACAGAAUUUCUCCUUACAGUAUCAAUACAAUAUCAAGCAGACAAGUGGUGAGAAUAAAGAAAUAUAUCAAUUUGGGGAUAAUUAGUUGAUUCAAUACUAAAUUCUCUGAACUAACAUGAUAAGAACUGUAUGGUUGACAGUAAGGAGAAUUACAAAUUUGAUCUGGGUGUUAAAGGCUUAAUUGGCAGUCAGUUUUUUAUGGUCAAGCCUUUAUACUCUGUUGGUGACGGCAGAUCUCCUCUCCUUUCCCCCUGAAAACCAGGUGAUCCCUGGGCACAUGCAUAGAGUCAGGUACUUAAAAUCAGUGGUUCAUCUAUGAAAGUCUGGUAUUUCAUGUCAUGUUUGUGUUUUGUCAAAACAGAAUCCCCUUGGAUGUGGGAUGUCAAAUACAACACACCUGAUUGUCAUGGUAGAAUAUGGUCACCAUCAUAAUCACUGCAGUCAGG